AGGUUGAAUAGUGCUGAUCCUAGUCCUCUCGGAAAGAAAUGAGUUGUAAGCAGAAAUGCUGUCCAGUGAAGUGCUGGGCUACCUGUGGAGGUGGGAGCUGUGUGGGCGUUGUGUAGCAUGACUUGGCCGUCUGCAAUAUUGACUGCAUGUGUUGCCGGGUGCUGACCCGACUGCUUUGGCUGUGUUUGUUUGCCGUUCCUUAUGUACGUUUGGUAUCUGUUCCUUAGAGGGUUGUGCACCAUCAGUACUGUGCUGUUCCAAACAGACUAAUCAUAACCCCUUGCACAACUCUUGCGUCACAAAAACGAGACCACAAAGCCACAAUGUUUUGUUUGCUCUAGGGACGGACAGGGUGGCCUUUUUGGUGUAGAGUCACUGUUUGAUAUGUGUCCUCUUCUUUCCCCAGUUUUACUGACAUAGUUGGGGGAACAUGUGCCUGACCUCAGCUAAGAACAUCAUUUGGUUCAAGCUCUAGUUCUCACGGGAAGAUUCCUCACAGAUUGACAUAUUCUUCUCUGUAUUUAAAGGCUAUGCCUCUUUGGAUGUGGAAAGAGGAAGUUUUUAGACUCCAAGUUUUUAAUAGCUGCCAUUUAUCUGUGAGCGGGUGCAUAUUUCCAACAGUGGCCACUCUGAGAUUGUGUAAGAUGCACACCGAGGGGAGUCAGCUGCUGCCAUCUCCUGACCUCUUCUGUCUCGCCUCCAUUGGUUUAGACGUGACUCCCUAAAUCGAGCGGCAAAUUGACUGAUUGACUGAAAGGUCAUUUUGACUGUGCAGCAGUGGCGACCCCUCCCUCUGUGGGGCCCCGACAAACACCAAAACAUGUACCGUAUGCAUUUCCAUAUCGUUUUCCAGAGAAAACAUUAUAGAGCGUGUUUUGGUCUGCAUUUUAGUUAAAGCAUUUAACCUAUAAAUAAAGAGAAAAGAGUACAGUUUGAUAAGAUUGAAGAUUGCCCCCUAUUCGGCACCUGCUUGGGACCCUGCACACCUGUUAAAAUGCUGACAGGAUGGGGCUACAAACCUUCAGAAGGCGUUCUGAAGAGCACAAUCGAUUCAUGGCCAAUUGAUCUGCCUUCUCAACUGUUUGAUGAGUGACAUAAAUUGCUACUGGUCAGUUUUCUAAUUGCUCUUCUGGCAGUGAACUCCCUAACCUCAUUUGAGAUCCUCCUUAGUCUUCCUUUAUCACUCCUCCUCCAUCUUGGCCUUUAGACCGAGAUUAUAAGGGGGCCGUGCCCAGAGACCUCAGGAAAGCAGAUUACAGACGGACAGAGGCCCAACCACUCUGGAUUAUUAUUGUGGUGCUUUACAGUCUCUAAUCCAGAAAUGAGAGAUUGUGAGUUAAAGGGUUGGUUGGGUUGAUAGACUAGCCAGAAUGACAUGUUAAUUACGAUGCCAGAUUUGUUUUUAAUUCACCAUGUCAAAUACAUGGAAAUGUACAACAGGGUAGUUUGUAACUGUCAUUUUGGGCUGGUUCACGUGACUUGGUUUACUGGUCCAUGGGCUCUUUCUUGUUGUUCCUUGUGUUAUUAAUAUGCAUCUGAAUGCAAUAUGCAGUUGUAAGCAUCAUCACAGUAUAUGUGGCUCUCGUCCAGGCAGCGUGGUGUAAGGGAGGACUCCUUUCUUUCACACAGUAGAAUCCCCCUCCUCCCCCUCUCCAUCUCCCACCCUUAUCCCCUAUCUCCUCCCUCUUGCUGCGCUCGAGGUUGCAGCGUCAGUUAAUCACCGUGAAACAGACGUGGUUCCAAAAAAAGAACCUAGGUUAGGUGCACCUCGUUUUGGAGGAUGAUGGUUUUGGUGGGAUAUUCGCCAAGAUCGUGGAACUGAGAGCAGCCGCGGAUGAAGGACACGGAACGUAGGGAAGUGAAUGCGCUUGCAGCCCAGGCUAAGCGGCCAUCUGACCACUCCGUUUUAUCGGCGUAGCGCUGUUACUGUUAUCCAUCGUGCCAUAUUCGCAGCGUUUAUCGGCGUGGGUGUUAUUUCGGAAAAACCUCAUGACAUGUUCGAUACGGCCAGUAACUCUCCACGCAGCACCCCGGGCAGCUCUCCCUCCCUGCGCAGGCGCGUGUUGGGGGGGCGUGCCAGUGAGGGUGAGGGUUCCACAGAAAGGGGGGGCGGCGGGGGGGCCGACAGCCCGCAGCCCCCCACCCCGUCGGCGUCCUCCACCUCCUCCUACCCUCUCUCCACGUCCUCCCGACAUUUCUCCCGCAAUACUAAGAAAAUGCAGAGCUGGUACAAUGUACUGAGCCCCACAUAUAAGCAAAGGAAUGAAGAUUUCCGGAAAAUCUUCAAAAAGCUGCCUGACACAGAGCGCCUCAUUGUCGAUUACUCCUGCGCAUUGCAAAAGGACAUUCUGCUGCAGGGUCGUCUCUACUUGUCAGAGAACUGGCUCUGUUUCUAUAGUAACAUCUUCAGAUGGGAAACCACUAUCACCAUCCUGCUGAAAGACGUGACCACCCUGACGAAGGAGAAAACGGCCAAGCUCAUCCCCAACGCCAUUCAGAUCAGCACUGAACACGAGAAGCACUUCCUCACAUCGUUUGGGGCGAGGGAUCGGAGCUACAUGAUGAUCUUCAGGCUGUGGCAGAAUGCGCUGAUGGACAAGACGCUCUCUCCCAAGGAGAUGUGGCACAUAGUACACCAGUGCUAUGGCACAGAGCUGGGCCUGACCAGUGAGGAUGACGACUACGUCUCCCCCACGGCUGAGCACAUCAACGGCAUGCUGCCAGUUGAGGAGUCCGUAUCUGUAUCUGACUUGCUGGAUUUAGCGGCGGUCCCCAUCUCUCCACUGGCAUCCCCCCCCCUGCCUGCCUCUGCCUCUGUCUCUGCCCUGCCCCCGAGCAGUCCUCCUGCAUCAGGGUCCUCACCGUCCUCAUCCUCGGGGCUGCCCGUGGAUGUGCCUGCCGCCGGCGGCCGGCCUGGUGCCAGGGGCAGCUUCAGCGAGGCGCCGGAGCCCAGCCCCCCCAGCUCCCAGAGCUCACUGCCCUCCACUACGCCCCCCACAUUCACAGGGGGCGCGUCUGCCUCCACAUCCGCAAAUCUGGAGGAGUGUGGUGGGGAGACGCUGUCUGAGUCAACCAAUAAUCUCGCACCUCCUCCAACUCCUCACAACCUGUCCUCGCUGGACAUCACCAAUGACGACGAGCUUCCCACAGACCCCAGCAACUCCUCAGACACACAGGAAGAGAGAGAAUGGUCUGUGGUCUCUUCAGGUGAGGUGGAGGCGCUCUGCGCUGACCUCGCCGGCCGGCUGCACAUCAACACAGUGGUGCACAUGAGUGUGGACAAGCUGCACGACCUGCUCUUCUCCGGAGACACACACUUCAUCCAGCACCUCUUCUCCCAGCGCCACUUCACAGAUCUGAAUGUGCGUGACUGGCAGCAGGAUGCUACUGCUGGGACCUCCACCCGCGUGCUGAGCUACACCAUCGCCAUCAACAACCCACUGGGCCCCAAAACAGCACCUGUGGUGGAGACGCAGACUCUCCACAAGAGCAGUGCGAGGGGUGAGUGCUAUGUGGUGGACUCGGAGGUCAUCACCUCGGGCAUCCCAUACCAGGACUACUUUUACACUGUACACCGCUACUGCCUCACCUCCGUCAACAAGCACAAGAGCAGGCUACGGGUUUCCUCAGACAUCUGCUACAGGAAGCAGCCAUGGAGCCUGGUGAAAGCCCUCAUCGAAAAGAACACAUGGAGUGGCAUCGAAGAUUACUACAGACACAUGGAGGUGGAAGUGUGCAAGCUGGAGACCCUGCUGCAGUCCGAGGUUACCGUGGUAACGGCGAGCGAGGCGGCAGCGGCGGCGGCCGACUCAGCCAAGACGCCCCCUGCGCUGCGGCGGCGCAAGCGCAACCUGUCGCGGCGUGCCGGGGAGCGGGAGGCGGCGGCCGCGGCGGCCGGUGGCGGCGGAGGAGCGGCGGGCGAGCGGGCCGAGCGGGGCAUGGCGGGCGAGAGAGAGCGGCGGGAGACCGGUGGCGUGUUUCUGAAGCUCGGUGAGAGGGCACGUGGGGUGGGCAGUGGCAGCGGUAGCGGCAACAUCUCGACCGUGCUGCUCAUAGUCAGCUUCAUGAUCUGUGUCAGUCUGGUGGUGCUGGUGGCCCUGAACAUGCUGCUGUUCUAUAAGCUGUGGGCACUCGAGCGGGCGGCCCACACCCUGGAGACCUGGCACGCCUACUCGCUCACAGACAGCCCUCUUCCACAGUCGGCAGGGGAAUGGGCCCAGGUGCUGCAGCUGCAGAGGCAGUUCCACCAGGCGCAGCUGAGCAAGUGGCAGCAGAUCCUGCAGUCCUCCGUCACUCUACUGGACCAGAUGAAACAGUCACUGGAAAAGCUGCACAAAGGAAUCGUUCCGGAAGAGCCCCAGGAGGACAUCCCUGCGGACCCCCCCACAGAGACACUUCCAGAACACUGACCCUCUCCUACCCCCCUACUCCGGAGGACCUCACACACCCCCUCUGCCUAGACCCCCACCACUCAGCCUCCCAGUGUGCUGUUGGAGCCAGAAACACCACUGGGAGUGUAUGAGAGGCCCACGGACGGGGGCUGACUAUAUGUGUGUGUGUGAGGCGAGGAGAGGGGGCUGACUACAUGUGUGUGUGUGAGGCGAGGAGAGGGGGCUGACUACAUGUGUGUGUGUGAGGCGAGGAGAGGGGCUCAUCAUGCAUUAUGGGAAUUGAGAACGGAACGCAGUGUGGAAGAACACUCAAAAGAUCAGAUCUCCAUACAAAGGGCAACUGCGCACACAGAAAAAUUGAGCAAAUCGUCCAAGCAUUUCAACAUUUCAGUCCUCCCCAGACACACCCUCUGGUCGACUACAGCAAUAACUUCAUCAUUGACUUCUACCACAUCCAACCACAACAGAAAAAAGCUGGCUUUGAUCACUCAGACGGGCAAACAAGGAGUUUGUCACUUGUUUUUACUGGCCGCAAAGCAUCACCUCAGAAUGGUUCACUUUGGAACCUCUCGACUGAGCUGCACCUUGAGCCAUCUUCCUGUCUCUCUCUCUCUCUAUCUCUCUCUCUCCCUCUCUCUCUCUCUCUUUCUCUCUCCCUGUCUCUCUCUGCGGGCGUUUCCUGGAGAAGACUGCGCCCUCAUCAGACAGAGCUAAAGUGAUCUGAGCAGAGGGACGCUGACACCUGACCCCCCCAGUCGUGUCCCAGCCUACUAAACAGCAGAAGACUUAACUGCCUCCUGACUGCCCGUGCAACGCAGUCUGCUUCUCCCUCUCGUCUCCUCUCCACUUCACCUCUCCUCACGUCUUUGGUCACUGUUCUGUCCACCUUUUCUGAAGAUAUACAGUAUAUUAUGUGUAGUAGAGGACUACUUGAAAGACUGGGUAUUGACUGAGAGGGUGACCAGCACUCCUCUCAGGAGGUCAAAGUUUGCCUGCCAUCUGCAUGUUGGGGGUGGGAGGGGUUCAGUAGGCUAGAGAUGGUCACUAGUGGACCCUGUACUGCGUUUUACUUUUAUUUUGUUUUUUUGUUUGUUUUUUACUUUUUGGACUCUUUUGUCACCUCCAUACCUCCAGAGGUCAACCGUGUGUGUGUUUGUUUAUUAGUUAAAGUCUUUUUCAGACUAUAAGAGAACCAAGACUGAUGCUACUCUACAAAGUGUGUGUUUGUGCGUGUGUGUGUAUGUUUGGAACCAUACUGAAGAGCAAGUUUGUGUGUCUUGAUCCCUACACAGUAUUUAUUGUAGAGACUCUUGGACUGAGAAGCUCACUGUAACCCCAUGCGUAUGCGUAGUUUGUGCUGCACUCUGUGUUUGAGCUGUCAACAUGGACCAAGCGGGUGAGAGAAGGCCCAGAUGCUUCAGUCCCCAAAAGCAAUAAUGAAGAGGGACGCCAGACUGCAGAACACAAAAACAAAAUGGACAAAACUUGAAUGGGGUUUAGAAAGAGGCAACAGGCAAACUAGGGUGAGGCUAAUUGUUGUUCUUAUAUUGUUUGUUUGUUUGUUUGUUUCCCCAUUGUGUCUUGAAAUUCAUCAGUUUGUAUGUGUGUGUGUGUGUGUGUGUGUGUGUGUGUGUGUGUGUGUGUGUGUGCGAGUGUGUGUGUGGACGUGUGUAUGGAAUGGACUUCCUCCCAGUGUCUUUCAAGGAUGAGUGUUCAUCAUCCCUUUGCCUGCUGUUACUGGUCUACAGUAUCAGGUUGCUUAGAACUGUAUUAUUAUCAACCAGAACUUGAACUUUGGGGGGUUCCUGUAGACUCUACCAGCUGAACAUAGAUGCAGUCAUUAGCUGUUUGUUGUAGUUCACUGGGCUGGACGUUAAAGGACCAAGCAGAACUUGUGAGGCCCAGAUGAAGAAAAAGGGAACCUGUCACAGUAUUUGUGUUGCCGUGUUUUUAUUUUUGUUUUGGUCUUUUAUUGCAUUUCAUGCUUUUGUAUCUGAUGUGGUUUUUAGUAGUUGUUCUCACCCUUUAAUAUCUUUCUCUGUCUCACUCUUUUAACCAUCCUUUGGGUCUUAAAUAACUUAUCUUCCUCUCUCUCUCUACAUCACUCUUCUCUUCAUCCCUCUGUUUCCUCUCUCUACAUCACUCUCUUCUCUUCACCCCUCUCUUCCUCUCUCUCUACAUCACUCUCUUCUCUU